GGGCCCAAAGACGCCUGGAUAUAACUGACAGUAGGCACCUCAGGGCUUGGAACAGGCUUUAACUGUAUAAACAGGCUCUGUUAGGGCCGAAGUCUCCGCCGCGUUAGGCCUGAAACUACCAAAGGGACUCAUUCUCAAUCCUUUCAGGCAUCCAUCAAUAAUUACCAUACUUCAUUCAACAAAUCAUCUAUUCCACAAUUUCCAACCUGUACCUCCUUGAGUGAGAUAUUGGCCGAAAUUUCGAAGAAGAUAUUAAUUUAAUAUCGACUGCGGUAGGGAGGGUUAUCUCACUAACAGGCUAAAUACCGAAUCUUAGCUCUUUUGCCGACCUCGAAAACAACAACAGACACCAAUAGACGUGCAAAGGACCAAUUUGUAUAGAAAAUAAAAACAAAAUGCAGAGAUUCACCAUUACAGAACCAUUCCUCGACGUCAAAUGUGGGCUUUCGGAGGGGCCAUUCUAUGAAGAAGCCAACAAUACACUACGCUUUGUCGACAUUGUCAAAAAACAUGUCUGGUGGGUUGAUCUGAACAAGGGCCCCUCGUCCGCAAAGAAAAUUGAAUACGAUAUUCCAUUCGGCGUCACGGCAAAUCUGUCCUCGUCGACAGACACCUUCCUCUUUGGCGGGAAACAUGGAAUCGGCAUGGCGACACGCGAUAGCAGGGAGUACAAAUAUAUCGAACGUUUCUGGAACGAAGCCGAAAUCUCCAGGAAUUAUGAAACGAUCAUGCGUGCCAAUGAUGGCGUGAUUGAUUGUCAUGGACGGUUCUGGGUUGGAGCGAUGAAUGAUCCGGCGUUUACGAAUGGGAAAUUCGAUCCUGUCGGAAUACUCUUCCGUCUCGAUACGGACGGCACAUUGCACCGUGUUCUUGAGAACGUAACCAUUCCAAACGGUAUGUCGUUCAGCCUGGAUGAUAAAACCAUGUAUUGGACCGACACUCCCACAGGCAACAUCUAUGCAUUCGACUACGAUGCUUCCACAGGAAAUAUCUCAAAUCAGCGCGUGUUCUGGCAUACAGACCUCGGCGGAGGUCCUGAUGGUCAUGCCAUGGACGCCGAGGGGAAUUUGUGGGUUGCUAUUUGGGGCGGUUGGAAGGUUGUGCGAGUUUCACCUGAAGGAAAAGUGACUGCUGAGAUUGAGGUGCCGACUAGAUGUCCUACUGCCGUCGCCUUUGUGGGAGAGGAUGUCUAUAUUACGAGCGAGGAAGACCCAGAAGCUGAAAAGUAUCCCGAGUCGGCGAAAUGGCAUGGAGGGGUAUUCAAGUGCCAUGUUGGAGUCAAAGGAAGGAGAUUGUAUGAUGCUAAAAUUGCAUCUGUUUAACUUCUCUUGGAUAACCGAAGCGGAGAUCAGUCAUAUAUACACACAUAUAUAGGCAAAUACUUCGUGAUAUCUACUUCAGCCCCUUCACGAUCUCAUAGACAGCUUCAAUAUACUCCUUC